CUGGGAGGAACACAAACGAAGAGGAAAGGCAGGGUCGCUCACACCUAUGCAAAAAGCGACAAAGGAAAAGGUGGAGAAAGUAAAAGGGUGAAAAAGGAAAUGACAGAGAGAGAAGGAUCAGUUUUUUUUUUCCUUUUUAGUUUUCGUCGAGGGUUGCUUUGCUUGAUUGCUUGAAUCCGGAAUAAUUCUGAGGAAUUUCGAGGCGGCCAUGGCUGUCGGCUUCUUUAUUUACAUGGGUUCUUCUUCUUUUCUUCGAAAUCAAAGAAGAUUCUCAGACGAUGUGGAGGGCAAUGCCGAAUAGCGAGAGCAAUUGCAGAAGACGCAGAUUUAGACGUACUUUCAGGAAGAUCAAAAUGAAGUUUUUGUGUUCUGGAGAGCAAAUGAGACCCACAGACAAAAAUUUCAAGGCAUCUGGAGCAGAGAGUGCAGCCAUGUCCGCAUCUGCUGCGGAUGGCGAGAACGUGAAGACGCAGCUGGAUAAUGGUAAUAUAGAAGAAGCCGAGUUAUCACUGCGCGAGACAAGCUCAUUGAACUAUGAGGAAGCGAGAGCGCUUUUGGGAAGAAUCGAGUAUCAGAAAGGAAACAUAGAGGCGGCAUUACGAGUCUUUGAAGGGAUAGACAUCAACGGGAUAACCUCAAAGAUGAAAAUCACUCUAAAGACAAGAGAAGAACGCCACCGAAGACACUCCAAAAAUUUUGCUGUUCCUCCUCCGAUGUCGAUUCAUGCUGUUAGCUUGCUCUUUGAAGCCAUUUUCCUUAAAGCAAAAUGUCUCCAGCGCCUUGAUCGAUUUGAAGAAGCCGCACAGUCUUGCAGAGUUAUUCUAGAUAUAGUCGAGUCUUCUUUUCCGGAAGGAUUGCCCGAAAAUGUAGCUGCUGGUGACAGCAAAUUGCCGGAGACUCUAACAAAAGCCGUCGAGCUGCUCCCCGAGCUGUGGAAACUUGCAGAUUCUCCCCGUGAAGCGAUUUUAUCGUACAGACGAGCAUUGCUCAGCCAUUGGAGGCUCAAUCCAGAAACCAUGGCACGUAUCCAGAAAGAAUUCGCUGUUUAUCUUCUGUAUUCUGGAGAAGAAGCUGUGCCACCAAACCUGCGUGCUCAGGCGGAGGGCUCUUUCAUUCCAAGAAACAACAUAGAAGAGGCAAUCCUUCUUCUGAUCAUUCUUCUGAGAAAAGUUAAUCUGAAAAGAAUUAUUUGGGAUGCAACAAUCUUGGAUCAUCUCUCGUUUGCCCUUUCAAUGGCUGGCGAUCUUACCUCUCUGGCAAAGCAGAUCGAAGAGUUGAUUCCUGCGAUUUUGGAUCGGAAAGAGCUCUAUUACACAUUGUCUCUAUGCUAUUACGGAGCCGGAGAAGGUCUUGUUGCUCUCAGUUUGCUAAAGAAGCUGUUGUUGGAACGGGAGGAACCGAACUAUGUUCCGGGUUUGCUGAUGGCUUCGAGAAUCUGCGGAGAAAGUCCAAGUCUCACUGAGGAUGGGAUAGAAUACGCCCUCAGGGCCUCGAGAAAGUUAGAGAAUGGUUGUGAAAGUUUGGAAAGAACAGCCAGCUUUGUUUUGGGAAUAGCCCUUUCGGGAAGCUCUAGAACUGUCCUCACAGAGUCAGAACGGGUGGUCAGGCAAUCCAAGGCCCUCCAGGCAUUGGAAGCCUCUGACAAGACGGACCCGAAGGUCCUCUACUGGCUGGCCCUCGAGAAUGCAGAGCAGAGAAAGCUGGACGCUGCUCUCAGGUAUGCUAAACAGGCACUGAAGCUCGGAGCUGGGUCAGAUCUCGAAGGAUGGAUGCUACUGGCUCGGGUACUAUCAGCCCAGAAGAGAUUCACAGAUGCCGAUACCAUUGUGGCGGCAGCCCUCGAUCAGAUCGGGAAAUGGGAGCAGGGAAAGCUGUUGCGUCUGAAGGCAAAGCUGUGUCUGGCUCAGGGGCAAGUGAAGUCCGCUAUCGAGACAUAUACCCAACUUCUAGCUCUUCUUCAGGUUCAGAGCAAAAGCUUCAGUUCUGCAAAGAAGCUUCAAAAGGGAUAUGCAGAGAGUUUGAGGAGUUUGGAAAUGGAGACAUGGCAUGACCUUGCCCAUGUCUACAUUAACCUCUCUCAGUGGCAAGACGCAGAGGCUUGUCUUUCGAGAUCGAUGUCCAUUUCACCUUUCUCCUCUGCUCGCUGCCAUGCCCAAGGUGUGCUGUACAGAAAGCAGGGCCUUGUUGAAAAAUCUCUGACAGCUUUCAUGACGGCUCUGGGUAUCGAUCCGAUGAACGUUCCAAGCCUGGUAUCGAUGGCAGAGAUCCUACAGGAGGGAGAGAAUGAAUCCAACAUGGCAGUGGUGAGAAGCUUUCUGAUGGAGGCUCUGAGGCUGGAGAGGAUGAACUCGUCGGCUUGGUAUAGCCUCGGUAAGCUCUACAAGGCCGAGGGCUCUGUCUCAUCGUUGCAAGAGGCCGCCGAUUGUUUCCAGGCUGCUGCCCUGAUCGAGGAAUCUGCUCCUGUCGAGCCCUUCAGAUGAUGAUUAGCUUUUCUUUUCCUUCUUUAAAAAUGAAAAAUAUUGAUUUUGAUAUGAUUUCUCUGUGUAUCCAUAGAUUGAUACAAAUAUAGAGAUGAACGUGUGCUCUCUUUUAUGUCAAGUUCAUAAACAUUCUGACUCUGUAUUACGACAUGAACAAUAAUAAACAGUUUCAGCUUCUC